AUUGUUAGAGUAAAGCUGUUCCAUUUCUACCAAAAAUAAAAGUGUACUGUAAGACAUGGGGGAUCAAAAUAUCAGCCACUGGAUAGCAGCUUCUUCAGAAAUUCAGUACAAUCACCUGGAUGACAACUUGGAUCACUAUACGGACAGCUAUGACCUGGACUAUGGAGUCCCUCCUGAUGAGAUUCCGGACACAACUCAGGGUCAGGCCUUCUAUGUGGCCACCAUUGUCAUUGGCAUUGUACUUGUGUGCAUCAUGCUUGUGUGUGGGCUUGGGAACUUUAUAUUUAUUGCAACCCUGACGCGCUACAAAAAGCUGCGUAAUCUCACCAACCUGCUCAUUGCUAACCUGGCCAUCUCAGACUUUAUUGUAGCAGUGGUUUGCUGUCCCUUCCUGGUGGACUACUAUGUUAUGAAACAGCUUUCCUGGGAUCACGGACUGGUGCUGUGUGCCUCUGUGAACUAUCUCCGCACUGUGUCACUUUAUGUGUCCACAAACGCACUACUGGCUAUUGCAUUUGACAGGUAUAUGGCCAUAGUACAUCCUCUGAGACCUCGUAUGAAGUAUCAGACAGCCUACUGCCUAUUAACUGGAGUCUGGAUAGUUCCCAUUCUGAUAUCAAUUCCUUCUGCCUAUUUUGCUUCUGAGACUAUGUACCCUAAUGGUGGCAACUCUUCACCUGCUCAAAAAGUGUUCUGCGCCCAGAUCUGGCCUGUAGACAAGCAAGCCUACUAUCGAUCCUACUUCCUUUUUGUUUUUGCUGUGGAGUUUGUUGGUCCAGUGAUUGUUAUGUCAAUGUGUUAUGCCCGUAUUUCUCGUGAACUGUGGUUCAAAAAUGUUCCUGGUUUUCAGACCGAGCAGAUAAGGAAGAGGUUGCGCUGCCGUCGCAAAACAGUGAUGGUUCUUAUCGGAAUUCUGACAGCGUACAUUCUGUGUUGGGCCCCAUACUACGGCUACACUAUUCUACGAGACUUCCAUCCAACACUUAUCUCUCGUCAGAGAAACUCAUUGGUGGCUUUUUAUAUUAUUGAAUGCAUUGCCAUGAGUAACAGUAUGAUUAAUACCUUCUGCUUUGUCAGUGUCAAGAAUAACACUGUAAAGUAUCUGAAAAAAAUUGUUCUGUUGCGCUGGAGGUCAACGUAUAUCCCUAAUAAGAGUGUCGAUGAAAUGGAUAUAAGAACCUCCUCCAUGCCAGUAACUGAAGAGAUUGAAUGCAUCACCUAAGUUGAUAAAAGUAAACUUUGGUAAAACUUCCUUUGAGCUUUUCAACUGCUUUAUCACAUUUUAAUUACA